AUGAAUAUACCAGAGAUCAAACCGUACGAAGAACUAGCGAUUGACACAUUGGUUUCCGUGAUGAACAGAGCGAAAGAGACGCUUGGGGAGCGCCAGACCCUAAAACAGCUUGCGAAUAGCCGUGAAGUCAUGACACCUCCAGUUAAGGUCCACCUUACAACACUGAAGUGUCCGUUGGUGAUCACAAGUGAACAGCUCCUCAAACACACUAUAGAGAAAAAGUGGCGAUUGACCGAAACAUUUAUGUAUCAACUGACAUACAAAGGCAGUUCAAAAGACGACUGUUCACAGUAUUACUAUUUUGAGGCAGUGUUCAGCCAGCCUACCGCUGCGUAUCCAAUUCCUCAGGCAACUGCAUCAGUAUUCUUCAGAGUUGAAGAUAAGCACAUCGAGCCUCUGGAAGGCAGAGGCGUUCCCGGGAUGACGUUCAGAAUCGAAGGUCACCGGGUGGAUCACGACGUGCGCUUCGAAACUUUAAUAGCUGAUUGGAUACUCGCUGUCAUUAAAAUGAAGAUCAAAUUUUUCCAAAGAAUCGAACAGUUAAGACUUUUCUAAACAUGUAUUACGAGAUCUAGAUUAAAUUUUAAUACAUACAUUA